CGCAGCGCCAUAAGUCAAAGUCAAACAUUCAAACAACCUCAAAUAAACGUCAAAGGAAAAGAAAGCAUCAAAAUUAAACCCAGUUUUUUGGUUGAAUGCUUAUAAAAUAAACAUAUUACUUGCUGGUUGCCUGACUGAUUUUACCGUGUUUAUUUUGAAAAGUACAUGGUUGAUUAAAAUUACUUCUUCAAUAUGUCUACUGAUUUUUACAUUCGAUACUAUGUAGGACAUAAGGGUAAGUUUGGACACGAAUUUUUGGAGUUUGAAUUUCGUCCUGAUGGCAAACUUCGGUAUGCAAACAACUCUAAUUACAAGAACGAUACAAUGAUACGAAAAGAAGCGUAUGCGCAUCCAUGCGUAAUGGAAGAAUUGAAAAGGAUAAUCGUUGAUUCUGAAAUUAUGCACGAAGAUGAUCGUUUAUGGCCACAACCUGAUCGAGUGGGUAGACAAGAACUGGAGAUAGUGAUUGGUGAAGAGCAUAUUUCAUUCACUACAUCAAAAACGGGUUCCCUAGUUGAUGUAAAUCAAUCUAGAGAUCCUGAGGGUCUUCGGUGUUUCUACUACUUAGUGCAAGACCUGAAGUGUCUUGUGUUUUCUCUAAUUGGACUUCAUUUUAAGAUUAAACCCAUAUAGACUAUUUUUCUGAAUCAGUUUGAUUAAUAAAAUGUUUGUAAGUUCUUA